AUCAGAAAAAUGCUCUGAUUCGGGGUCUUUGGGGCAAUUAUAUAGAAUAGUCCUGAAAUUUUUUAGGUUUCCGAAAAAUAAGUGGUUAUGUUAGUGUUAUGGGGGCCAUUAUGGCUAUGGGACCAUGACGAAAAUACAGAUUAGUCUUCCCGUUGAAACGUUGAGUACCGAAAAGUGUAAUCCCUGAUUUACCUCACCAAGACAACCAUCAACAUUAAAAAAAACCGUGAACAAUCGUUUAUUCUGUAUAUUGUGUAGGAUGAUGUGAUCUGCCUGCCAAGGGACUUUGCUCUUAGGACUGCUGUCCACCCUCACCAAUAUUAAUAUUGAUCAAAAUCUUGAAAUACAAGAAAAUCAUACAGUGAUCCCAAAUUAACAUAACUUAUGAUAACCCCAGAGAAGUCGGAUAAGUAUUACCUGGUUGUACUGAAAAGUAUUAGGAUAAGUUUGCGAUGCAGAUAUGAAGGGGGCAGUUUUUUUUUCUACUGACUAGCCGGGACUUUGAAUUUUGGAAUUUUCAUAUCUUACCAACAGGAAAUUAAGUUCUUUACCAGUGAGUAAGUACCAUACUCUUUUAUAUAAAGUAUUAACAUUAUUUAAUUUUUUGUUAUUGUAUUUUUCAGAGUGGCACAUCUAAACAAAUUUCAGAAACAUGGCUGGCUCUGCUUUGAUGCCAACAUCUUUAGUUGAGAUAACAGUUUCUUGUAGGAACCUGCUAGACACAGAUGUAUUUUCAAAAUCGGAUCCAAUAUGCGUGCUCCUUCACCAACCAUUUGGCACAACUGAGUGGACAGAACUGAAACGUACUGAAUGCAUCAAGAACUCUUUGAAUCCAGAUUUUGCUACUAAAAUUCCUCUUACCUACCGCUUUGAAGAACAACAGCGCCUUAAAUUCCAAGUGUUUGAUGUUGACUUUGAUUCUCCUGAUUUGGCAGAUCAUGAUUUCAUCGGAGACUUUGAAUGCACAUUAGCACUUUUAGUUAGUUCACAAAAGCUAGAAAAGCCUUUGGUAAAUAAGGACUAUAGUAAUGCAGGUUCAAUAAUACUUAUUACAGAAGAACUCAGCUCUUGUAAAGAGGAGUUAUCCAUACAGUUUGUUGCCAAAGGUCUGGAAAACAACAGCUGGUUUAGCUCUCUUAAUCCUUUUUUGGAGUUUUACAAGGCUAAUGAGGAUGGAACGUUUACCCUUGUACAUCGUACAGAGAAAGUUGCCAACACUGAACAUCCAGUUUGGAAAGAAUUUAAUGUUAAGACACGCUCUUUUUGUAAUGGUGACUAUGACAGAAAUUUAAUGGUGAAAUGUAUGAAUUACAAAUCAGGUGGAAAUCAUAAACUUAUUGGUGUCUUUUAUACCACAGUGAAUAAACUGAAGCAAGGUCCUGAUAGUGCAAACAACUACUGGGUUAUAAAUGAGGAAAAGAAGAAGCGGAAGGGAAGUCGCUAUAAAAAUUCAGGGGAAGUGUUAGUAAAUAAGGCAUACGUUCGGCAAGUGUAUUCCUUUCUUGACUAUAUCAAAGGGGGAAUGGAAUUUACAGCUUUCUUCGGUAUUGACUUUACAGCAUCCAAUGGAGACCCUAAGACUCCACAGUCUCUUCAUUACAUUAACCCAGUGAAUCCUAACCAGUAUGUAAGUGCCAUCCAGUCAGUAGGGAGUAUCAUUGAAGAAUAUGAUUCCGACAAGUACUUUCCUGUCCUUGGAUUCGGUGCUAAAAUGCCUCCUGACUACUCGGUGGUUUCUCACGAAUUCUUUGUAAAUGGAGAUCCUUCAAAUCCACACUGUCACAGAAUUCAAGGUGUUAUUGAGGCAUACUGCAACUGUGUGAGUCGAGUACAGUUGUAUGGACCAACCAACUUUGCACCCAUUAUCAACCACGUUGCCCGCUUUGCAGCAAGCAACAGAGCUGGUGAUAAAUAUUUUGUUCUCCUGAUUUUGACUGAUGGCAUUAUUAGUGAUAUGCCACAGACCAAGGAGGCAAUAGUGAAUGCAUCAACACUUCCUAUGUCUAUAAUCAUUGUUGGAGUUGGGUCAGAUGACUUUGCCAAUAUGGAGGAACUGGAUGGUGAUACAGUCAGGCUUUGCAGUAACAAUCGGUAUGCUGCUCGGGACAUUGUCCAGUUUGUACCUUACAGACAGUUUUUGAUUGCUGGAGGAAGUCCAUAUGCAGCUAAAGAAAAACUAGCCAGAGAGGUACUUGCUGAAAUUCCUGACCAGGUCACUUCAUAUAUGAAAGCCAACAAUAUUCAACCUAAUCCACCAAAAAUUGCAGACGCUUUGUUACCUCCUGAGGUAAUAGUAAAUGCAUCAACUCUUCCCGUGUCUAUAAUCAUUGUUGGAGUUGGGUCGGAUGACUUUGCCAACAUGGAGGAACUGGAUGGUGAUAAGGUUAGGCUUUGCAGUAACAAUCGGUAUGCUGCUCGAGACAUCGUUCAGUUUGUACCUUUCCAGCAGUUUUUGAUGGCUGGAGGAAGCUCAUAUGCAGCCAAAGAAAAACUAGCCAGAGAGGUGCUUGCUGAAGUUCCUGACCAGGUCAUUGCAUAUAUGAAAGCCAACAAUAUUCAGCCAAAUUCACCAAAAAUUGCUGAUGCCUUUUUACCUUCUGAGAUGAAUUAGAAUUAGAAUGUGCUCUCUGUAAAUGUUCAGCCUUAAAACAGUAUGUUUUUAAGUUUAUAAUAUUAGUGGAGCUUUUAAAUUGUUCACCUAAACAUUAACUCAUGUUUGUAAAAGAGAUUUUACUGCUUCUUGUAUUAAUUGGAUUUUAUUAAUUAGAUAUGUGAAGUUUCUAAAAAUAUGUACAAUUAAAACUAAAUUAGUCUAGAAGCAUUUAAAAAAGAAAGGAAAGAUUUCCUUAAAAUCUACAUGGAAUGAAUACAGUACUGUGUCAUGCUUUUUGAAAUAUUAUAUCUGAAAGUUUUUAAGGUAUUCAAUACAGUAGUACUUUACUUACUUAUGAUAAUCAAAAUUUGAUAUGUGUUGAUCAGUUUUUGUCUUUAAUUUAGUAGCACUGCAGCAACUUAGAUUAUGCUGUUCUGACUACCAUUUUAUUGAGUGAAAGAGAUGGGAAAAAACUUUUGUUUGUCAUGCAUUGUAUAGUAUUACCAUUAAUUUUUCAUCCAUUUAAUAUGUUAUUGUCCUGGAAGUUUAUAUUAUUAAGUAAAUAGAGAUUCAUAGUAAUUAAAAAGUCACAAAGAAGUGCAGAAGUGGAGGCUCUGUCAAGGAGCCAUAUGCAGAGACCUGUUAAUAGUACAAUAUGCAGUUUAGGGGAAGAGAUUUGAAAAAUUCUUGAAAAAUUGAUGUGUGGCAUAGGGAAGAAAGGAUUGAAAAACAGUUUUAAGAAUACCGAGUUCUUUGGAACGGAAAAGGAAACGAGGGAAAAAUAUGGUGGAGAGGUGCAGGAGUGAAUUUAUUUCCAAGAGCUAUAUAUAUAACAGAUGCUUGUCAGAAGAGAUAUGCUCAUUUGUCUUUUUAUUAGUUGUAAUUUAAUGAGAUCCAUGAGUCAUAUCUCAAGACUUGCAAAGGACUAGUAAAAUGCUAUAUUUUCUUCAGAGAUAACUGAAAGUAAAGUAUGUUAAAGUGAGAUAACUGAAAAUAAAGCAUGUUAAAGAAGUUGGACAACUAAGCGAGGUGACACAAAAGGAAAUUAAAGAAGAGUAAAAAAUAGAAAGCAGUGCAGCUGGAGCCUCAAGAGUUGCUUCAGAGAUUCUUGACUAUCAUUUACAGUGUCUCACACCUACUGCAUGUGGUGUGGGUCUGUAGCUGAAGAAGCCAGGAAAUUAAAACACGGGGAAACCUUGAGUUCCUGGGCACAUAUGUUGGCAAGGCUGAGAAGAAGCAGAGGAAGCCAUAACAAGCACACACACAAACAAUCAAAAUAGCGAAAACGGGCAAAGGGCCGAGAGAGGGCAACCGCUCUCACCUAGGCAGUUAAGAAAAAGACGGAAUGGGGUAAUGUGGUUUUUCCCCCGAUAUACGCAUGCGUUGCCAGAUCUCACAAGAUUCCUUGCUUUUUUUUUCUUCACUGAUUUUUAACUGGAUCCAGCUAGGCACUAGAAAAUUAUUCUAUUGUUAAGAACGAAGGUUUGUAGCUAUGAAAAAUACAAAUUGUCUUAGAAAAUUUGCCAUUUUAUAAGAUGUUUUUGCUAAGAUUCAUAACUGAAUUUUGUCUGCCAGUGCUUGGUUUGACAGCCUAAGUUUCAUAAAGUCACUUGUAAUUGAAUUUUUUCGGGAAGACCUUAUCACAAAUAAGGAGGAUGCCGAGGGAUGUCAUGUCCAGAGGCUAGCAAAUGACUGAUCUCAAAGGUUGAGCUGGUUUGGCCCUGUGAUAAGGAGGAGCCUGAAGUAGUAAAACAAAUAAUAUAUAGUGAAUAGAGAAGUAACAGCACAAGACGAUAAGAAAGGCCCAGAAUAUUAUGUAGACAGGACAUGAAGACCAGAAGCAAAUGAGAAUGCGAGUAGAGAGGUCACAAGACAGACGACCCUUUCAUGGAAAAUGGGAGUUAAAAGCACUGUUUAUACAAUAAAGCAUGUUUUUUUUCAAAAGCUUCCUCAUGGAAAAUAAAUUCCAUGACACCAGUGUAAUAGGUCUUGAAAAAAGCAAAGUACUGCUGCACAUACCUAAAUCACACUCCACUGUCCCUCAAGGCAAUAGGCCAUCCUCGGUGGAAUUGCUUUGAAGUCCAUUAGACUGUAAUGCUUCCCAGGGUUAACAUUGAUUUUUGUAGUUAUUGUCAUAUGACAUAUAUUUCUACUCAUUUAUUCUUGUGUUCAUAUUACUGAGUUGGGCUCUGUAUUUAGUGAGUCUCAUUGCUGCUAUAGUGCCUCUUACCUUGCAGUCAGUGAGUACAUGCUUUUUAAGUUUUCACUAAUUUCACAGUUGGCAUUAUUUCUUUUAGCAUGUCAUGCUGAUUUUUAUUUUUUAAUGAGAUUAACCAGACCUGUGUUAUGUAGCUUUUUUCCCUUGCUUAGUUCUUAUUGGGUUUGUUUACUCUUGAUACUGUUUUGUCUUUUCACCAGUUCACAGUAAUGGUUACCUUUGUUUUUAUAUUUCUGUCACAACUGUUCAAUCAAAAUUUAGCUUUCUGAUUGUUUAGUAAUGAGUGAUGUUUUAAUUGAGACAUUGUAUUUGUUAUUCAUCUUACUUGUGUUGGCAGAAUUGUCACGGCUGUUUUAGUGGGCAAGGAUGGUGUCUCCUCCCUCAGAUUUUCUAUGUCAUCUUGUGACAAGGAUGUGCAUUGUGCAUUGUCAGUACCUUUCAUGUAAGAGCCAACAAAGAUUUGUUGUUCAGUGAUUUAUACUUACUAUAUGCUUAGUCAGUUAUGUAUGAACUUCAUGUGUCUGGCACUGCAGUUGGUGACUCUUUAGACUUUUCCUCUUCUUGUCGUAGCACUGGCCCAGUCACAACUCUCAAGCCUCAAAUCUUGUCAGCUAAGGCUUCCUUGGUGGCAUUGCUUCCACCUCUGCAACGAGCAUGAAGUGUGUGAGACAUCAGCCACACAAAAACAUGCAAGUUUUCAGCCAAGAGAGUAAUCAUUUCCUUGUGCUUUUCCAAAAUGGAUCUCAGCAUUAUCCUCUAGCAUAUGUUGUUCCAUGAAACUGGGACCUGAGACAAGUUCCAGAAAUGUUAUGAGAUAUCCUAGUAACCCAUUUACAUUGGUAUCAAAAGAAACUUUACUUUGUAGGUGGCUUUCUUAUUGUUGUUCAUAUUGGUAAAAAAAAGUCCUUGAAUUCCACAGCCAAACCUAAUCUAUUAAAGUACUUCAGCAAGUACACGAGAAAAGUUGCAGUUGACAAAGAGUUGGAUCAUUGUAUUGGCAGCUUGUGUUCUUCUAAUAGGAAUCAUUUUCUUCAUUUUCUCAAAUUAUGAAAGCUUGCACUUGGAAGUGCCACUCACACAUUUUCAGUUUAUUAGGCUGUAUCACAAUGACAAUAGAGAGAGAGCAAAGGUUGUAUUUUUGCAUGCAGUAGUAACAUCGUCACUAACAGGGAAAAUAGAAUUUAAAAAAGAUGUAGCAAUAAAAUAUUAAGAAUCAUGGUCAGAAAAUUGUGGGAAAAUGAGGUAAUUUUGUAAAAAUCUGAUGUCCAAAGAAUGGCAAAUAGGCUAAGAUUACAGAGAUUUACAGAAAUUGAGAUGAUUGAGACAUGUGUUGAGAUUGAUUGAUUUAUAUUGAUUGAAAUGGAAAUUGACCGUGAAAAGGUUUGAAAGGUGUAACAGGAGGGAAACCUUGCAAUUGCACCAUGAAUCAAUUGUUACAAGAGGGUGGACAGUAAGAUGGAAGAAAGAGAUAUGAAGAAAGAUACAAUGAAAAGGGACGCUGUAAAGAACCUUAAGUAAUGCCUUCGUUGCACCGUGUGAGGUGCAAUGACAACACUACCCCUUUGGGGACAUAUUGAGAAGGGAUGAGGGACAAUUGAUCAGGAAGCAAAUAGAUAUGAAAGCAGCAGGAUAAAGACCAGUGAAAAUUCCCAGGAUUUUAUAUCAUACUAUACUUAAAUAUGCAUGAAGAGUACAGUAACCAACUUCCAAACAAUUAACCUUCACCGUCCAGACUAAAUAUAUAUUGAACACACCACUAGACUGGGAUAAAAUUUAAAAUGGCCAGUUAAAAAAACCUCAUGAGUGGAAAGAGGAAGAUAUGCAUAUGCACAUGUUAUAAGAAUAAAAUUUCAACAAAAAUUUCUGUACCUCCUAGAGGGAAGUUGAAAGUGAAUAUGUAUUUCCAACCUGGUGCAGGGCCUCUUCUUCAAAAGACAGUUGUGAAAAUGUGCUAAUUUUACCAAGUUAUAAGUUUUUUUCUGAUAUUUUUUAAUUUUUUUAUUUUUUUUUGUAAAAUUAUAAGUACAGUUCACACAAUAUCAAGUGAGAACUAAAGGCAGUAACAAAUUCUGGCUAUAUAUAUUUAUUAUAAAAUAUUUGUCAUAGGAUGGGAAUUUUGGACAACAUUCCCCAAAAACAUCUCAAGGCAAACAGAUCCCUCUCUGCUUAACUCCUUGUGGAUGGGCAACAUACAUAUAUUUUUACAUAUAGCUUUGUGGUGGAGUCUGGGAAACAUACAUAUAUGUUCAAGAUUUUGCAUCAUAGAAUUUGAACAAAUUUUGCUAUUAGAGUUGGGGUAGAAGUUGCCAUGAUUCACUUAUGGCCCAUGGAAGUGAUCUGAGAACCUUUCCGGCAAAAUUAGUUCAAAUUCUAUGGUGCGAAAUCUUGAACAUAUAUGUAUGUUUCCCGGACUCCAUCACAAAGUUAUACGUAAGAAUAUAUGUGUUACCCAUCCACAAGGAGUUAAGCACACAAACAGCCAUCUGGAACAUAGGUAGCUCGUUUGUAAGUAGGGUGGUGUCUUUUCAUAAGUACAUAAGUAUAUUGCACUGUACACCCAUACUAUAUAUUAGAAGCUGAGUGCCAAAUAAAUGAAUACUUUUCUUGUCUAUUCUACGAUGCAGAGUAUUAUCUUCUGUAAGACCUUUUGUCACAGGGUCUUAGUGCAGUUAUGUAUUCUAAAUGCUUUUCAAGCUAGCAUUUUUAGCUUUGUAAUGUUAUAUGAGAGUCAGUGUCAUGUAGUAUACAAAUACAUAAUCCAAUCUUAAUUAUAUACUGUACCGUCCAAAUUCAUCUCAGGUUUUUUUACAGUGAACUUUUGGAGUGUAAAAGCUGUUAACUCAUAAACAGAUAUUGUAACUAGGAAUACCCAUGUUAGCUAUUGUAUCAUUUUGGAGCCUUCAACCAUUAAAAUACUGAGCAGCUGAGAGUCUUAACCCAUUUUUUCUUUCAUGAUACUAUUUGUUAUAUUGAAAGUUGUAUGUACUUGUAUAUUUUGUAAUUGAUUAUUUUUGCUGCUUCAUCAAUGUAUGCAAACUGUAGUUUUAGACCAAGUUUCCACUGAGGUUUAGACUAGAGAACAGGCUACCUGCAUGUCCUCUUAAUUUAAUUUACACAAAUAUACCAUAGCUUUAGGCUGGAGUACGUACCCACUACCUACUUACGUUCAUAUUUCUUGAAAUUGUAAUAUUCUUUUAUCAUUUAUAGUAAUUAUUUUUUUGUGUUGAUUUAUGGACACCACACAUUUUUAAGGAAAGAUGAAAACUAUUUAUUUUUUAUUAGACUUUAAAGGUCCAGACAACCCUCAGUAAAUAUGAUAUUUUGAAAUAUUUUUUUCAUUAUUAUAGUAGGAUCAAAUUAUGGUAAUAUAAAACUAUGUAAUGUGUUUAUGACUGUAUAUAGUACAAAGCGUAUAUAACAAGUGACAUCUGGUUUAACAACUGCCUCUAAUCAGUACUUUUAUAAGUAACCCCAAAUACAACCAGAUCAUGUCAUUGUAUAUACGUACUACUACUGCAUUUAGUGAAAAUAAGAAACAAACUUGGUAGUACAGUACUACAGAGUAAUACUCAGAAAUCCAUGGGGUAUCAUAGUAAUCAAAAGAUUGUACUGCAAAUAGUUUUACCAGGUUAACAUAAAAGGCUAAUCGUAACCUAUCAAAUCCAACAAAUAUAUAAUGCUCACAGAAAAUGAGUUGGGAUAUCCCACUUAACAUUUGUUACAGAAUUAUGUAUAACUUCAAAUUCACAAAAUAGGUGUUAUUUGGCUUUUUAAAAACGACCUAACAGUAAUCUGCCAUAAAACAAAAUUUAAAGUACCUUAAAUCAGUUUUGACCACUGCCUAUCUUUAACUUUGAUUUAUAUAUAUGCCUGUCAUCACAACUUGCAUCCUAUGUUGUGAUGCUGCACAAAUCUUUGGAAAACUUCUUCACUUCACAACAGAUAUUCACAGGCCACAAAUAUCAACAAAGCUGGAAAAAAUCCUAAUAAAUGUGAAAUAACCAAGCAGUAAAAUUCCUUAAAACACUAAAUGUCACAACAGUUCUUGACAGGUUACUAUACUUUCAUUAUUUGCAAAUUGUAGUAUACUGUAUUAGAAUAGUGUACUUAAUGCCUAGAUAUUUUCUUAACUUCAUUGCACACAAACUAGUCUAGAUUUGAGUGCCCAGUUUAUAGAUUCAUGUUAUAACAUUGUGAAUUACUGUUACAGCCAUUUUAAACAUUUUUGAAGUGAAAUACUAGAUAACUUGCAGCAAAAUCUGAUACCACUUGUUGAGUACUCAUUUCCUACAAAUAUUACGUACUCGGUUAGACUGAAUUGUAUGUUGGAAAUUUCAUUUAUUUCCUUGGGUAUCAUACUCUAACUUUUGGAGAUACAUUCCAAGCAGGAAGAAUGUAGUAGGUGACAAGCUAAGUCGUCAGAGUAAAGUCCUAGGUACAGAGUGGUCAGGUUGUUUCACCUUUUGGGGAAGACCUAUGUUAGACCUCUUUGCCACUCUGUUCACCAGAAAGCUGGAGGUCUACUUCUUGGUGGUCCUGGAUCCUCAUGCUCUGGCAGACACACUACAACAUCCUUGGGACGGUCUCAAGGUGUACGCCUUCCCUCCGUUCUGCCUGAUCUGUUAGGUCCUGAACAGAGUAAUGAGCUCCUGGAAUCUCAGGAUGACCUUGAUGGUGUGUCUGUGGCCUCAGGCAGAGCGGUUCCCAGACCUUCUGUCAGAGGUUCCAAGAGAAUUCCCCCAUGGUGCAAUCUCCUUUACCAGUCACUAUCUCUUCACAGCUAGAGACUAUUAAGUAUCUCCAGCAAGUAAGAGGCUUUUCUCACAAAACUGCGGGCCAGUAGUCUCACUCGAACUCCAUUCUAGCCACUAUGUUGAUCGUCAGACAGAAAUCUGACUCAGAAGACAGUUUUCCUGUUGGCCUUGGCUUCCUCAAAGAGUUGGACAGCUUCAUGGCCUGAGUUAUAAUGUUAAACACACGGGUUUGAGGUCUGUGGCCUUAAAAUUUGGCCCAGAAUUUGUGGCUAAGAUUUAGAAUCCCUCGGUGCAUGAUGGCAGAUUUGCCUCAUUUUCUAUUCCCUCACCGAGUGAGUUUGUGGACAGCGAUCCGCAGGAGUUAUUGCUUUGUCCCACCAGGGCUCUGCGCUACUAUCUAAAGAGGACUCGUCGCCUAAGGAUUAGGUGUCUUAUUGUCUUUUGUUAGUAUGGGCCGGUCCAGAAGGGAAGUGACCGAGAACACAAUUUCAUUCUGGCUGCAUGAGGUGAUUAAUCAGACAUAUUUCUCACCUGCCAGUUCUGUCAUUGAGUCUGCAGGCUAGAGCACACAACAUUGGUGGAGUGGGUUCCUCUGUGGCAUUGAAGAAGAACUUGUUUGUUCAUAGGGUUUUGAAUGCUGGUUCCUGGCGUUGGCAAACCACGUUCACUGCCUUUUACCUGGAGGAAAUUGCCCACAGGUCCUUGGACACUUUUUCCUUGGAUCUGGUGGUGGCUGCCCAACAAGUUAUGUAGCUCAUCCAGUGCCCCUGGCAGGACAGUUUGUAUCUUACCUAAGAUGAUUGUGUGGAAGAGUAUUCUGAAUAUUGUAUUGCAAAUAGUUUUACCAGGUUAACAUAAAGGUUAAUCGUAACCCAUCCAACAAAUAUAUAAUGCCCGCAGAAAAUGAGUUGGGAUAUCCCACUUAACAUUUGUUACAGAAUUAUGUAUAACUUCCAAUUCACAAACUAGGUGUUAUUUUGCUUCUUAUCUUACCUAAGAUGAUUAUGUGGAAGAGGGAAUGAGUGAGUUGGCUGGUCUCUUCCUUUCUCUUUUUUCCUUCUUCCUACGGGCAGGUUGAAGAAUAAAUAUGUCAUAUGCUGCAACUGGUCUGAUACAGGUGAGUGCCAAUCAUACUGGUUGCAGUUAUUUGGUUUGUUCCUAUACAGUAUACAAAUCUGCUUCUCAUUAGCACAUAUUCCUCUUUCUAGCAAAGGGAGGGAGGAGUGGUGUCUAACCCCUGUGGCCUACAUGGUUUGUUGCUUGGACAGACAGCUCUCUUUACCUCCCACAAAUGCAAUGAAUCUGGUCAUGUCUCAUUGUGUUUAAACCCAGCAGGCUUAGUUUUCAGAUACUUACUUAUCUAUUCUCUCACGAGUUUUGACCCCCUUCUUUAGAACCUAAUCUUCUAGGAAGUGUGGUCAGGUGGGUUCCUGAAACCCCAGCCGGUUCAGGGUACUUGUACCUUCCUCCUAAUAUAAGUAUCCUAUUGUUAAGACCGAAGGUUUGUUUCUGCGUAUGAACAAAUGACAAAUUUUUAAUAAAUUUGCAUUGUUCAUAGCUAAGAAACCUGAGGUCUUAAUGUUUACUGCCCACCUCUAGCCACCCCUUUCAUAUCUUGGGUUGGCGGAAAGACAUGCAUCACAAGGUCCCAAGCCUGGUCAGUGACUAGCUUCCAUCUCAUAUAUGCAUGAGUUGCCAGAGGCCACAGAUUCCUUGCUUUACAAUUUUUAUUGUGUUAACCAGUUACCAGCUGGAGCUAGAAGAUUAUCUUCUUUUCAAGACCUCGGCUUUUUAGCUAUGAAAAAUACAAAUUUAUUAAAAAUUUGUCAUUUUUUUUUAAUACAGCAUACAGACAAAAAAACAAUGAUAGGUUUUUAUAAGCAUUUGUAAUCUCAUUUUUAGUACCAUUUGUAAUCUCUCCAAUUUGCAGUAUGUGUAUAAUUGUUAGUGAUGUCUUACUGUGUGCAAUAUUAAUGCUGUAAUGUUGAUUUUAUAUAUAAUUUUAUUGUUUACCUCUACUUUAGCUGUUACUCUGUAUAGGUAUGCAUCAUUUGUUUUAUAUUUUUUUGUAAAAAAUUUUCUAUAUAUGUACUUAUGUAAGUUGGAUAGGUUAAAUAUAAAGUAAUAAAAUAA